UUUUAAUUCUUCUUGCUUCCCCCACAGCACACGACACCUCUAGAGUUGUAAACUUUGCCUCUUUUCUCAUACCAUAGUCCGCCUCAUCUCUCAGAUGUGCGUGGCAGAGACCCUCGCAUCGCCUCCCGAUUGACAUACGUCCUGUGUUGUUCUUGCGCAGGACAUCUAACAGAAAAAUAUCUCCACCCACGACAUGAAUUCACACGACUCCGAAAAAGCCGACGGCGGGCUCCGAAGCUCAGAUACACACCCAGAUCUCGAAUAUGCCAAAACCAAAAGCUCCCUCGCGGACGUGAGGGUCGAUGACGACGAGGGUGCCUCAUCGCCAACAACGGAGUUUUACAACAACACACCAGUACACCAGGACAAUGGAGUCCUCUCGAAACUGCGACGGCUGGAAGCGCGCAUGGACGCAAAACUGGGCAUUGAAUCCGAGGCGAUCUCCCGCAAACGACCUGAAGAUAAACGGCCGGUGCGGUGGCACGAAGAACUGACGAUGGCACUGCUGUGGGCCUCCGGGACAAUGAAUACAAGUUGUUUUGCAACCGGUUUCCUCGGCUGGGAGUUCGGACUUAGCCUCAAGCAGUCUAUCCUGAUCACCAUCUUCGCAUCACUCCUGGGGGGCGCCGUGACCGGUUACUGCGCGACGUUUGGGGCGGCGACGGGAUUACGGCAGAUUUCGGUGUCCCGGUUCAGUUUUGGCUGGUGGCCCAAUAAGAUCAUAGCGGCGUUGAACGCAGUGCAGCAGAUCGGCUGGGCGGCCGUGUCAUGUAUAACAGGCGGACUAGCGUUGACCGCGGUGGCCGACGGCCAUGUAUCGCUUGUCGUUGGGAUUGUCAUCAUUGCCGUGGUGGCACUGUGCAUCAGCUUCGUUGGACUCAAUGCGAUUUUGGUGUAUGAGCGCUACGCGUGGCUGAUUUAUUUUGUUAUUUUCAUGAUCAUAUUCGGCGAGACGGGCAAAUAUGCCGAUAACACCACGGGCGCCUCGGUGAAGGGCGCCACAUUGUCCGGCACGGUAUUGUCGCUUUUGGCGAUUGUGUACGCCAGUUCGGCAUCCUGGUGCACCAUGGCAUCAGACUACUAUGUUCACUAUCCGGCGACGGUGUCGCGGGUCAAAGUGUUCCUCAUGACGACUGUGGGCAUUGCGAUUCCAACGAGUAUCGGCAUGAUCGCGGGUUGUGUGGUUGCCAGUGCACUUAACAAUCGUCCGGACUGGAAUCACGCUUACACCGAUGAGGGGCUGGGGUUUUUGAUUCAAGACAUGUUGCAUCCGCGCGGGUUUGCGAAGGUGCUGUUGACCUUGUUGGUGCUCAGUGGUAUUAACACGAACAUCAUCAGCAUUUACUCUGCUGCCAUCUCGUGCCAGCAGUUCAGUCGUCCUUUCGCCCGCAUCCCUCGCUUCAUCUGGACGUUUCUGUGCUUCGCUGCCAUUCUGGGUUUGGCUGUGGGUGGUCGCGAGAAACUCAACACUUAUCUGUCCAACUUUUUGUCGCUGUUGGGGUACUGGUGUUCAUCGUACUUUGUCAUUUUGUUGACUGAGCAUGUUGUCUUCCGGCGCGGCGACUUUGCGAAUUAUGAUCUGGAGGGUUGGAAUGAUCCUGCUCGUCUGCCGUUGGGUUUGGGCGCCCUGUUUGCCUUUGGCCUUGGUGUCGUCGCCUGGUGCAUGGGCAUGGUCGAGACUUGGUAUGUCGGUCCGUUGGGGAAGUUAAUUGGCGAUUCUGGUGGCGAUGUGGCCAAUGAGUUUGCUCUUGUUGUUACUGCGGUUAGUUAUUACCCUGCUCGGUACUUGGAGUUGAAGAUUUUUGGGAGAUGAUGCGAUUUCACUGAAGACGGCGUUCAAUAUAUACGAACAUAUUUUACGGCGGGAUUGAAUCCAGUACAUUGAAGGCACCUAUUUGUUUACACCCUCGAAUAACAUGAGAUUUUUUGUGACCGUUUUAGGCACUUGCGACGUUCUCUGGCGCAAUAUGACACAAUGCCACCAUUGCGGCGGGCCAUCGAUGUGCAUACUGCACAGGAGAGUCUUCAAUCUGCUUCAUGCCUCAUUGUGUUGACCUGGCCUAAGCGAGCCACGGGUUGCUUGGACGAACUGACCACAGGCUUCAAUGAUCCAUACGUAUACACACACCGGCAUUCCACUUCAUCAGGCGGCUAAAAACCCCAAUCCCAUUGCUGCCGGACCUUGAGGUUAUACUACAUCAAUAGACCCAUGUUCUAGGCUCUCCUCUUGCAUCGCGGGCUCCCACCCUAUUCAUCCUACCAUACCACAAUCUCAAGCUGGCAGCCACGGCGGCGACAAAAAAGCUGCAAGCGGCACACACAAAAUUGCCCGUUGGAUAGCCAUCUUUGGCCUCGUCGGCCUUCCAGAUCCAUUGCGCAAUGAUCUGACCAAUCCCCGCACUCGAGUUAUGCAAGGCCACGGCGAACGGGAUGGUGAGGAAACUUGGCGUGUUACAUGAAACCCAGUUGGUCAUGGAUGGAGCGCACGGGAAGGCGCCGCAAGCAGCGAGACACAAGCAGCCGUAGCGCUUCACAUAGGCGUCGGCGGGGAGGAGACCGGCAGUCAACCAACCCACACCACCCACGAUCGAAGCACCAGUAAUGUGCCAGCCUCGGCAAUUGAAGCGGUCCGCAGAAUAGGACAGGGUGAUGGCAACGAAGA